CAAUAUCACCACUCUUUCUUCUCUUUUUGUAUGGGCUUGACAAAACAAUUUGUAGUUGUCAGUUGAUCUCGAACCAUCAAACAAUCUCAACCAUAUAGUGGUGUGACAAAUAAAUAAAUAAACGAUGGGCAUCGAUAAAUUACGUUUCACAGAAACCAUCAUCAUCUCUAUCGCCGAAUUUUUAUGCGGAAUAUGCGAUAAUGUUGUCGCCGACCCAAUAUUGACAAAAGAGUGUGAACAUUGUCUAUGUCGUUCAUGUGUCACCACAGCUGUAAAGAUUUGCCCGACUUGCGGUAUAAAAGUUAAUGGUUUCGACGAAUUGGGCACCGCUCUGAAACGAGUCUAUUCCAACAUCAAGUUGAGAUGCGUUUACAAAUCUUGCAAAGAGUCGUUGACGAUUGCAACGUAUCAGGAGCAUGAAAGAAAGUGUCCAGAGGGUUUCUAUGAAUGUCCGAAUAUGUGUGGCUUCAAGCUGCGACUCUCGGUGGACGAGGUGCAACGAGUUCACAAUUGCAUUGAGAUCCUUCAGAAUAAAAUUGUUGGAUUGGAAGCUUCAAUUGUCGAUCUGAAAACCACCAAUGGCUCACUGAACAUUCAGAUCGAGAAACUGAAAGUGGAUAAUGCUGGUCUGUUGUCUGCUCUUGGAAGUCAAAAGAAACGUCGAGUUACUUGUGGAGCUGUUUUGGCGAAAGGCGAAAUGUUUUACCGUUGCUAUACGUGUCAGAUACGCCGGAUGUCAGUGCUUUGUGUGGAUUGCUUUAACAGAGGACAGCACGACAAUCAUCGGGUCGCUGGUAUGGUCGCAGAGGCUAGCACCUGGUAUUGUGAUUGUGGUGAUACUGUAACAUUACAGGAAUCUGCAACUUGUUCGAAGCAUAACAUUCAAUGACAGUGGCACGUCUAAUUUUUUUAACCAGUGAUUGGCGCCAAAGCCAAACAACUAAUUAUCAUUUUCCAAAGAAUUGGAAUUUCUUUAUAAACAAAUGAAAUUAAUGAUUUAUUUUAAGAAUGGAACUGAAUUUAUUUCCACAAUAAAUGAAAACCCCAAAAAUAAGUCAAUUCUA